UGCGAACGCGUUCUUGAUCUGACAUGGUGGUGUGUACAUUUUAUUAUCGUAAAUUAAAUGUUUAGAUACCCCUAAACGGUUUAAUAAUAUGUGUGUAUAACUAAUCGUUGAUACAAUAGAAUACAUAAAGUAACAAAAUGAGUGCCAAAAGAGUGUGUGAUACAAAAAUUCCAGACGAAGAAACGACAGAUUCUGGUUAUCUGUCGGGACCCUUGAGCUCGCAGCUGUUAUCGUCGGAUGAUUUAGGUGUAGAAACGGAAAGAGAAGACAAUGAGAGUGAAAGAAGAGAAACUGGAAACCCUGUAGACGAUAGUGAUAAAAAAGUGAUAAGUGAAAGUGAGUUAGAUAGUGGUUUGGAUUUAUCCGAGAGCCUUUCCCAUGUUAAACUUGACGAAGAUACGGAAACGCAGCAUGAACGACCUGUUAUCAUCGAACCAAAACAAGGAGUCCAAGACAUCCCACUUAAAAUUCUGUUUCAGCCUGAUGAAGACGGUGACACGCAAGUUCACAUUGCUGCAGUCCAUGGAUGUGAAAAGUCUGUGGGAACACUUAUCAGGGUGUGUCCUGACAAAAGAUUAUUGGAUAUACCAAAUGACUAUGGACAUACACCGCUGCAUCUUGCAGUCAUGAGCGGACACCAUGCGGUAACCAGGAUGUUAGUACUGGCUGGUGCAUCGCUGGAUGUGCGAGACAGAGUCGGAGAGACACCCAUACAUAAGGCUGUUCAUCACACAAAAACAGGGCAACACAUAAAGUGCCUGCUUGCUUUACUAGCACCGGCGCCCGAACUCUCAAGACAGCAGAAUUCAGCACUGAACCAGAAAAAUUAUAAUGGACAAAUGUGCGUGCAUCUUGCCGCCAGUGCCGGCCAUUUGGAUACGCUUCGUUAUCUCGUCAACUACGGAGCCGAUAUUAACGCGAGGGAGGGUCUCGCCGGGUCCACGGCUCUGCACAUCGCGGUCAGACGCGGCGACAAAACCAUGACGAAGUGGCUGCUGGAGCGGUGCAGCAGCCUCGAUAGCAGCACGGCCGACUACGGGGGCCGCACACCGCGUCGUCUGGCGAAGAGGACCAAGCUGCAUGCGUUGUUUGGUGCCUCGGAAGAUUCCGACGACGAUUCCGACGAGGAGGACGAUGUAGAUGUACGAUAGCGAUAGCGACACCGACAGCCUGAUGGACAGAAUUCGCCAGGAAAUUCAGAGCCAAAACCUCGUAAACGUUGCCUGAUGAUGACAGGUGCUGUGAACGUCCUGAUGACAGCCGCUGUCAAAGUCACCCGUGACAGUGACAGGUGCUGUCAGACUCCAUGUCUCAUGAAUCAUGAUACUCCACUCCGCCUAAAUUCGCCGCGGACAGGCAAGAAAAAAACACUCUAAAUUGAUGCAAAUGCCCUUCUACUCGCAUUUUUUUUAAGUUAUUGAGGAGUACUCAAAUUUCAGGACCCGCAUAUUAUAAUAUUUUUUUUGUAGUCACUACUGGUCGUGUUCAAUACAAUAAAAACUAAGAGGUUUUUAAAUUUGAGAAUAGGCAAUGCUU